GAUAAAUACUGUAUGAACAUGAUCACCAUAAAGACACCCGAUCUAAAAGACGAUAUCAUCCUGAAAUCAACCAACCCGGGCACAGUCAUGGUUGGAAACAAAGAGUACAACCAUAACUUGGGUCCCAACAUAAUGCUCAUGACCACCAACUACUGGCUUACUUUAAUAUUUUUAAGACAAGGAUUUUCUGUUCGUUGGAAUGGAGGUAUUCUUCUCUUUUGUUUUUUAAUAUAAAAAAAAACCAUAAUCCACACUAUUAUUUAUUUUCAUUUAAUUUUUUUUCUUUCUUUGUGCUCUUUUUUUCCCAGGAGGAAGUGGGGCAGGGGGUUAUGUUGAUAAUUUUAAUUGCCUCUUGGAAGAAUAUUUUUUUGUUUUAUUGCAUUCGUAAUGCAUUACUUCUUUGUUCAUUCAAGGUCUAACUUGUGGCGUGGAAGUAACCAACAAAGCAUUCAAUGAUACUUCUGGUCUUUGUGGAAAAUUCAACCUGGAUGCCACAGAUGACAGAGAGGGUAGUGAUGGCCUACCAAAGGAAACCACCAGCAAACUGGCAAAGAGCUGGAUUGUCAAUCCUGAAGAAUGCACAAUGGAAGAUGACCAAGUUGUCAGCACCAACUGCGAAGUAACCAUGAAAUAGUCUUUCAUUUCAUUCACAAUUUAUUGAAUACAUUUUACUCCCUUAAAUUAAAUUGCUUUAUACAAUAGAUGAAAUGCCAAUAUUCAAUAUUUGAUAGACUAUAGAGGAAAUGCCAAUAUUCAAUAUCUGAAAACAUCUUUUUUUCCUUAUAAACAAUAAACAGGGAUCAAAUCAUCAGACAUGGGCUCGUAAAGCAUGCUCACCUAUUCUGGAAUCAGAAGCUUUCGCUGCAUGCCGUAAACAUGGUGGAGAGGUCAGCUUCUAUGACAACUGUGUGUUGCAAGCAUGCAAGUAUGUCACUCACUCCAAUUGUAUGGAUAAGCAUUACUUUAGAUUUCCCUAGUCAUCUGAUAGGAUAACUGAAGCUCUCUGGAUUCAAAGCUUAAAAAUGAACACUAUGGAAAUACAAAUGUUAAAGAAAGAUACUAACUAGGAAUAAUAUCAUCUGGCUUGCUGGAUAUGUUAAUGAAUCAAUACAUCUGUCAGUUAUUCUCUCUGCCUACCUGUCAUACUUUUUGGAUGUCCUUAUCAAAGUUAUCAAAAAAAUUUCAACUGUCUAACUUAAGUUGUGAUACUGGUGGUGACUGCGAGUGCCUCUGUGAUGCCAUAGCUGCCUAUGCUGCCUACUGUAAUGAAAUGGGAUCCCCAGCCAAAUGGAGACACCAAAGACUUUGUCGUAAGUUGUAAAUAUUUUUUGUUUAUUUUAAAUUUGUGUUAAAGGUAUAAUGGAACAUGAUAGAAGUUUGAAUUUCUAAAAAUAAAGGUGAAAACUAAUUAUAAGCAAGUAAGAAAAGCUAUUUUAAAAACUGUGUAUUAAUAGAAUUAUCCUUCCCUAUUACACAUUUAGAACUUGUUUAAAACGCAGCGUUUUUAAUGUUUCAUUAUUAAGAUCAUCAUCAUGUCACUUAGUCUUUGGACAGUUGGGGCGCCACAGAUGACAUGAAAAGUAUCCGUCUCCAUUCCUCUCUGUUUUCUGCACUACGCACAGCAUCGACUAGUUUUACAGCCGUCCACUUUUUGAUUUUAUCUUUCCAUCUUUUUCUCAGUCUUCCCCUUGUUCUCCCUCCUCUCGUUGUUCCCUGCCUGAUUUCUUUGGCGAGCCCUUGUUUUCUUGUCACGUGGCCAUACCAUUCCAAGUUUCCCUUAUUUACAGUCACUAGGAGGUCAACAAAAUUUCCCCAUGCUUGACGAAUCUUUUCUUUCACAUGUUCGUUAGAGAUAUGGUCUCAAUAGCAGAUUCCAAGAAUGCUUCUGAAACAUCUCAUCUCCCUCGCCUUUCAAGUUCUGUAAUGUCCAGGACUCACAGUGUCAGGCAUACAAGGAAAUGGAGAGGACUAAUGAGCGCAUCAGCCUGAUUUUAGUGCUAGAGGAUAUAUUUUUGUCAUUCCAUAUUUUCUUAAGCCUCUUUAGGGCUGUUGUAGUCAAGGGCAGCCCUGGACAUAAAUUGGAGCCUUCUUCUGAGGCUAUUGCUCCUAACUACUUGAAGCUGCUUACUGUCUCUAAUCUUUCCUCCUCCACCUUAAUUUCAAUGGAGAUGCCAGUGAUGUUAUUUGUAAUCACUUUUGUCUUUUCUGCACUGAUUUGCAUGCCAAAGGACGAUGAAGUCUUGUCGAGACGCUAUACUAGGUUGGCUAGCUAUUCUUCGUUUCCAGCCAGUCCAUCUAUGUCAUCCGCAAAAUGUAUGUUGAUGAUUGUUCUGCCACCAAUGCUGACAGUCACUACAUGCGCUUCCAGUGCAUCUGACAUAAUUCUCUCCAAGAAGAUGUUGAACAGGGUGGGGGAGAGCAAGUAGCCUUGUCGUACUCCAAUCCUGGUCUUGAACCAUUCUCCAAUGUUUUUCUUGAAGAAGACUGCAGUGGUAGCCUUAUCAUAGAGGCUGCAUAUCAUUCUGUUAAGGUUUGUGUUGAUGUAGUAGUGCCUCAGAGUGGCCCUUAAAGCAGCAUGCCAAACUAGGUCAAAUGCCUUCUUGAAAUCCACAAAUACGUGGGAUAGGUUUUGGUGGUAUUGAGCAUAUUUCUCACAUAGUAUUUGGAGGUUUAGGAUCUGCUCAGCAGUGCCACGUCCUUGUCUGAAGCCCGCCUUUUCAUCUGCAAUGAUUUUCCCGGCAUUUUGUUUUAGUCGGUUCAGUAUGACCUUUAGCGCCACCUUGCUUGGGUGGCUUAUUAGGCUAAUGGUGCGAUAGUUUUAGCAUAGCUGUAGGUUACCUUUCUUAUGGAGGGUAAUGAUGAGCGAUGGGGUCCAUGAUUUGGGCCAUUCCCCUGUCAGCCAUAUUUUGUUAUAAAUAUUCAUUAGGGCACUCAUCAUUACUUCUCCUCCUUGUUUCACCAACUGGGCAGGGAUAUUGUCCACUACUGUGGCCUUUCCUAUUUGGUGUGCUUUAACUGCUGCUUCCAUUUCUGCAUGGAGAAUUGGUUGGUUUUCAUUGUCCAUUGCUGGGGGGACAUUAGGGAUCUCUGGGUCAAUCUUUAUAUUUUCAUUAUACUAUUCUGAGCAGUAUUAAGUUUAUCUUUUUAGGAUGUCAUUUUACUCUGUCAAACAUUUACCCUAUUUGUGUUGUAUGGUAGUACUACGCCCUUGCUUUGCAGUCGUUAGUUCUUUCACCAACUGGUAUGCCUUUUUGCUAUUCUUUUUCUUCGAGCAGUUUUUAAUUUCUAGCAUUGCUCUUCAAUCCAAUUCUUCUUUGCCCUUCUCAUACCUCUUUUGAUGGCUUGGUUAACUGUCCUAUAUUUAUUGGCCCCCUCUGUAUCUACCAUCUUUGUUUUCUUUAAUCACUUUAACAUUAAUAAGAUGCUUCAGUUAUAUCGUUUGGAAAGCUGAAAGUGGCCUGAGAAUGUUCCUUUAGCUACCGCCAUUUAUAGUUCUCUUUCGUUAUAAUAUUAAUUAUUGCAUAAAUUACAAAUAAAAAAUGGCCAGUAAUUGUUUCUCAUUUUUUAAGUUGGACUUUUUUGUCUUUUAGUUGCCUUCAGUUUCUAAAAUGAAAAGUGAUAUACAUAUAUAAUUUACACUAACAAUAAUACAAAUAAAUGCUUUCAACUCAACAGCAAUGCAAUGUGAAUAUGGAAGUGUUUACCAAGCAUGUGGAUCAAGUUGUCCUGAAAGUUGUGGGAAAUCAUCCAAUGCAACCAGUGAUCUUUGUUCUUCAUUGACAUGUGUUGAAGGAUGCUUCUGUCCUGAGGGCUAUGUCCGAUCAAGUACGUUUGAAAUUAUUGAUACAAUUUAAUGAUGGCACAAAUGUAAAUUUUGCGUAUUUAAAUUGAAAUAACUUCUUUUCUAAAACUUGUACAAGCCUGAAAUUUUUUUACAGCUCUAUAAGUUUGUGUUAAAAUGUAGGCCAAUUUCAGAAAAAAAUCAUUAUCUGUUCCAAAGAUAUGGGAUCAUAUUUAUUUUAAACCAUUAACGUGCUGCAUAAGUACAAUUAUAGCUUUAUAUAUUUUGUAUGAAAAUUCUCAGUGUUGGUAUAUUUGUAUUUAGGGAAGUUAAAUACUUUUUGUAUUAAAUUCAGUAUCUUCAUUUUUAUGGGUUUGUUGUUGUGUGUUUGAAAUAGUUUGGUUGAACAUUGAUUUUCCAAAUGUUAUUAUCUGAAGUGUCAGUUAUCCAAAUUGCACCAGUAUUGAUAUUAUUUUUAUCUUUUUCAUUGUUGCAUGUCCUUUUAUGUAUACAAAAACUAUGUAGACGAGUGGGCUUAGUGUAAUGACCAGAUGGGGAUAGUGCAAUCUGCAGAUAUAUUUAUCAACAAAGCACAUAUUAAAGACAGAUUGACCUUAAAUUUUAUUCUAAGCGCCUAUCAUAUUUUGUUGAGAUUGACUUCUUUUCAUUGAAAAAAAUAAUUCAAGACCGUAUCUCUUUUUUUUUACAUUAAUCAUCUGACCCUAUGAAUUUAUAAAAUGCCUGUUGAAAUAUAUCGUAAGAUUAUAUUGUAUGCUCUUAGUUUAUUGAUACAACCCGUCCAUGGGAGUGUGGUUAUAAAAAAAAAUUUUAUGCGAAACAACACUGGUCCUAAUAAGUUCACAAAAUCGAUCCUCUACUUUAGUCCGAAACAACCCUGGUUUCAUAAGUUCACAAAAUAGAUCCUCUACUUUAGUCCGAAACAAUCCUAGUCCCAAUAAGUUCACAAAAUGAAUUAUUAACUUUAGUCCGAAACAACCCUAAAUUGGGGUAACUACAACACCUGGGUGUUUGGGAGGCAUUUUGGAGGAAAAGAGGAAAACCCCCCAAAAAGACUCUGCAUUUUAUUGGAGUUAUUUUAUUGUGGGAAUGGAGACUUUGGAAACUGUGUGUUAACAACAAGAAGUUACUAUUUUUGUUUUUAUUUUUAAAUUUCUAUUACAAAAUAUAAUAUGAUACCAUGCACAUUGCAAGUGAUAAACAUGAUUCUAAAACAGGAAUGGUUUGGAUAAUCGACAUUUUGGAAAAUUAGCUUUCAGAAAAUGGGCACUUUAUUGCAUUGUUUUACAAAACUAAACCUAAGUAAUGUGUAGAUACUUGACUACUAUGAGUUACGUUCAAAUUUGUGUAAAACAGAGUAGCUUUUACAUAGUUGCCGCCCACGUUUAUCAAUUGGGGUUUGUUCCAAGAUCAUGUUUAUUGUUUCUAAACUCGAUUUCAGUAAGUUAAGCAGGGUUAAUUAAAACAGACCCAAUAAUAUAGUUUUUUAAAUAAAAUAUAUAUUUUUAUACUAAUUAAUUUCUUUUCUCUCAAUUCAUGGGUUACGUCAUGUGAUCCAUGUUUACUUAGCCAAACUAUAACAACCACCAAUUGGCUAAUGAUAGUUAUGUUGUAAAAUUGUGCUGCUAGUAAGGGUUAGUAUGAAGCAUAAUAAAAUUGCUUCUGAGUAAAAUUAAAUUGGUAUAUAUUUUUUCUCUAAAAAAUUUCUAAACAAGAAUUAAAAGAUACUAAAAUUAUAUUGUGUGCUACAUUUUUAUUAUUAUUAAAGAUGUUCAAAGAUUUUUUAAAUAUAUUGUAUGCUGUUAAUGUUAAUUUUUAGUUCAUAAGUCACACACACAUACACACACACACAUAUAUAUAUUCUGGUGUGGUUAACUCUUUUAUGUUGAAUUAUUUAAGGCCUUUUUAUUCUUUUAAUUUUUCAGAUUUGGAAAGUAUGGAGGACUCCGAAUGUAUUCCGAAAUCAGACUGUCCAUGUGUUGACGCUAAGGGACGGGAAAUUUUUAAAGGGCAGGUGGUAACAAUUAACUGCCAAGAAUGGUAAGCUUUUCAAUAAUCAACAAGUUUAUAAAAUAUAUAUAUUUUUAAAAAUUGGAUAAUUUUAAAAUAUAUAAAGAAUGCAUAUAUUAUAAAUUUAAAAAUAACUGCUUUUCCUUAACAUAAUAUGAAUAUUUUUUAAAUUAUUUUAAAUCUAUGAUUAAAACUUUUAAUUAAGGUGACACAUUGUUUCUAAGUAUAUUGCAUUCUUUAUUUAGUGAAUGUCGGGAUGGGGAGUUGGAGUGCACAGGUGAAACAUGCAAAACAGAAUGUAAUGAAGAUCAAUAUCUGUGCAAUGAUGGACGUUGUAUCGCCAUCCAGUUGAAAUGUAAUGGACAAUAUGACUGCAAGGAUGGUGGUGAUGAACAAAGUUGUGAAGGUUAGUUAUAUCAGUGAUUCAUCAAAUUGCUGCCUGUAUCUGUAAUAUUUCAUUAGUGGGUAACUUAGGUGGAAUUAACUUAGAGGAAUCUUUAAGAAAAUUAAUGACUGAAAUAUUUAUUAAACUGAUACACUAUCAAAAAUCAAACAUAAAUAAAUAUUAAUGUUGAUUAAGGGAAAAAUUAGACUUGAAAUAGAUAUACAAAGUUCGAUGGAUAUAGCUCAGUUCAAAGACACAGAACAAAUGACUUCAAAUGACUGGUCUAAGAUCCAAAUACUGGGACGUUUAACUAGUGAACUUUAAUUUUUUCUUUAAUUUGUUGUCUAUAGAACUUUGUUUACAUGCUUUUUAAUAGCUUUUGCCAACAAUCUUUUUAGCUGUAAAUAUGGUUUCAUCUUUGUCACACGUUGGGAUGUGCUAGGGCUAUUUUACUAUCCUAAAUGAAUUUGAUGAAGUUACCCUUCAAUGUUCAAGAAGAUGAAGAAAUGUUGCGUACUUUAGCUUAUUAUGCGCAUUUAUUUUAAAUCUUUUUUUAAGGUAUGUCAUUAGGUAAUAUAGUUAUCUCCCUUGUAUUCUUUCAGACUUUUUAAAAUACCGUACUAACUAUUUGAUCCACAAUUUUAAAGCACUUUUGGAUUGCUAAUAUGACUGAAAUAAAAAAAUGUUUGAAAAAUAGUUAUUUCACUUUCAAUAGCCCAUUUCUUACAUUGUAGGGGAAAUCUGUGAGGGCUUCUUGUGCCGAAUUGGUCAAUGUGUUGGGAAUACAACAGUCUGUGACCAGAAGAUGGACUGUGUGGACAACAGUGAUGAAGAAAAAUGUGGUAUGCUAUUUAUUUUAUUGAUAUAUUAUUAUAUAUUAAUUAAAUGCUUAAUAUGGGUCAUAUAAAUAUAGAUCAGAGGCUCCCAAACUUAUUUGGCUUACCAUCCCCUCUUUAGAAAAAAAAUACAAAUGGCCCCCUGAAAUAUUCAUUACUUAGGUGAACAAACAGAAAGAUAUUUGUAUCUAUAUUUCUACAUAUGUCCUAAAAUAUUACAAAGAAAAAUUUUGUAAAUAAGACACUUUGAAGAUUAAACAUAUAAAAUUAUUUAUUACAAACACGGAAAAUUAAUUUAAUGAAAGAUUAUAUAAAAAUUAAAUGUAUGUAUAACAUUAAAAAUAAUCCUAUUGAGAAGGAUGAACCUGGUGCUCUCAAUGUAUCAAUCCUUGGAUCUUUUUUUCUCAGCAGAAUUUUUAAAUACAUUCUCCCAUAUGGACCCAUGGCUACGACCCCCCCCCCCCCCCGAUCAUUCCAGUGCCCUCCAAGGAGAAUCACGGAUAUAGAUAGAUGGAUAAAUCUAGAAAUUGAUAAAUAGACUAACAGUCAUAUAUAUAUAUAUAUAUAUAUAUAAAGAAGGGAGAAAUGUACAUAUUAUAUAUUUUUACUUAGACAUUGAAUGCACUGAAGAAGAGUACAAGUGUUCUAAGUCUAAGAGCAUGUAUUGCAUUCCUCGAGAAUUCCUUUGUGAUAAACAAAUUGAUUGUUGGUAUGGUGAAGAUGAAGCUGAUUGUACAGGUAUAAAAUGUCUCUUUAUAUUUAACCUAUUUUUUCAUUCAAGAGGUAAAAUAUUUUUAAUCUGCAAUCUCAAGUGAUGGUUUUACUUACAAAGAUUAUUUAUCAGCAUUCUCUAACUUAAAAUAUUAUAUUUUUUUUACAAAAAGAAUGAAAAAUAGUUAUCAAAACAUUCAGUACUAGCUUAAGCUUAGAAAAAUUUGAUAUUUUAAUUGAUAAUAAAUUUUAAAAGUUGACAAAAUGAAUACUGUUACAGUUUGUCCACAAAAUGAAACACAUUGUAAUAUCUCACACUGCAUACCUAAAAACUUUACUUGUGAUGGUAAUGAUGACUGCGGAGAUGGCUCUGAUGAGAUUGGAUGCAGUAAGUUUUAUUUCAUAAAUUAUUAAAGAAAUUAGUUACAAGUCCUGCUACGGCAUUACAUUUUCUGUCAAAUUUUUUCUAUAAAGGUUCAAUCUCUAGUUAAAAUAAUAUGAAUAUUAAUAAAUCUAAAGCUAUUAUAAUUAAAUAUUGUUUUUUUUGGUUUUCUUUUUUUCCAAAUUAUGAUUAACCAUUUGCUGUUGUUUGGUUUUUAAACUAAUUUAAUAAAUAAAUUAAAUUUAACUUAGUUUUCCCUCAAAAUUAUUUGCACAUAUUAACUGAAUAUACCUGCCAAAAAAUUUCAUGUGCUCAUUUCAAAGCUUAUUAUUCUGUACUAUUGUGACAUUUCUUAAAUUUUGUUACACUUAUGAAUUCUUUGCCCUUGGUUUUGAGUUGACUAAUUUCACAUUAUUUAUUUGUCUUUUUAUACCUGCUGGGUGGUUUUAUAAAUAUCCUACAUUAAAUUAUAUCCUCAAUAAUGUGUAAAUAUCAUUAAAAUAUAUUUAUACUAGUCAAUAACCCGGCGUUGCGCGGGAUUGCAUUAGGACCCCGAUCCUGGUAACACCCUAAUCCCUAUGGGACCCCAAUCCCUUUCUGACCACGAUCCUGGCGCAAUCCCUUUUCCCGGGGUGAUCCCUUCCCGGUAGUAUUCCGUUUUCUAGUGGCUCCGGAUCCAGGGGUAAUCCAGAUCCUGGUGGAAUCUUGAUCCUGUUGGUGUCUUGAUCCCAGAGAGAUCCGGAUCUCGGUGGAUCCCGAUGGCCUACCAAUCCCGUUAAGAUACAGUUCUCUGUGGGACCCCGUUCUACCUAGGUACUUUUCUAAUGUUGACCCUUUUCCCGAUAGGAUCCCGAUCCCUAUUUGAUUGCGUUUUCCGCUGAGAUCGCGUAACCGAUGGGUUUCAGUUUAAUGUUGGAUCUCGUUCCCAUUUUGAUCCUGUUCCUCUAUGAGAUCAGGCUCAGUGCAAUUUUGUUCAAAUAAGCUUUUAGAUCCCAUUAUAUAUCCCCGUAGAACAAUAAAGAACCUUCUGGAAAUUCUAGAUUAAAUUUAAUAUCUUCCAUGAAACGUGUAAAAAAUUACUGUUCUACAUAAUUAUUUCUCGAAUGCAAAUUAUUAUACAACUUAAUUAAACUACUAUGACUAUAGUACAUUUAAAAUAAAAUGAGGGCCCCGGGGGGCCCAUUUAAUAAAGUACCGUUUAAGAUAUGUCUGAGAUGGGGUGGGAGCCCUAUAAAAAUCAUUCAGAUAAAUUAUAGAUUUAAAAUUUGUCCCAUUAAAAUAGGAUAAAAAAUACUAUUGUUAGAGCAUUUUAAAAUUAUGGAACUUUCUAGAAAUUUCUAGAUCGGCCCUGCAUGGAUUGGAUAUUAUUAGUUUUAAAUCCAACGAUAUUUCCAUACAGACAAUGAAGGGUGGUGCUACCAAGCUAGGAAUAGAUCCAUCACUUCACAUAAAGCUUAUUGAUAUUUAUAUAGCUUAAAUAAGGAAAAAUGAAAUGGGGCCCCCGGCCCCAUAAGAAUGGAUAUUAUGAGUUCAGUAUCCUUCGGUAUUUGAAUAUGGGUAAUCAAGUAUAUUGUAGUAAGUUUGGCCAAGAUCCAUCUAUUCAUGUAGAAGUAGGCUACUAAGCCUAUUAAUAUUUAAAUGGCUUAUAUACGAAAUAAUUAAACUGGGCUCCUGCCCCCAGGGAAAUGGAUAUUAUGAGGUCAAUACACUUCGGUAGUUUAACAUAGAUAAUAAAGUGUAAGUGUAUUAAGUUUGGUCAAGAUCCAUCUACUUAUGUAGGAGUAGUUGUGAAUCUUAUUUACCGUAUAUACUCGCAUAUAAGCCGAAUUUAGAACUAUAAAAUACAAUACUGAAAUCAAGGGGUCGGCUUAUAUGUUCAUAAAACAAAAUGAACACAAGGACAGACACUAACACCAAUUUUCCAGCCACACAUUUUCAUCGCUAUCUGACUCUUUAUUUGGUUGUGUGUACAGAGUACCGGUAUUAAUAUAUAGGCCUAUAUAUACAGAGGUGUCACUUCAAAGAAUUUAAUGUAUGCAUAGCUGAUAAUAUGAAUAUUACCAUGGAGAAUUCAUUUUUGAAGUCAAAAAUGGCAUAAAAUUAAGAACAAAUAUUUUUAAAAAAAGAAAAUGUUUCCUAUAUCUAUGGUUUCCUAACUAAUUCUCUAUACGCAAAUGCAUAGAAUAAAGUGAGAUUGACACGACCGCGUGGUUGUGUGUGCACCAGUGGCGAGCCGUAACCAAGCUAGAGCUAGCGGUGAAGCCGGCGUCAUCGGUACACGGUCUGAUUUCUUAGAAAUAACACGCUCAAACGAAGGCGGUGGUAAGGGAAUCCCCUUAAAUCACAUGCAUAGGCACGAAGAGGGGAAACUGUUUAAAGAGCAGAACACGUUUUUGUGUCAUUCCAAAAGGUAAACAAACUGGUAUGUAACAUAGAAGUAAGCAUGUUACAUCUUUACAGUACCAAAUUUCUAUGAACCAAAAAUAUGGAGUAAAAUUAGACAAUUGUAUGGUCGGUUUAUAUGCAGGUUUUUUGCAAAAACUGGCCAUUUUAAAGCAGUUUUAGGGGGUCGGCUUAUAUGCGAUGGAGGCUGAUAUGCGAGUAUAUACGGUAUAUAGCUCAAAAAAGGGGGAAAAAAUGAAUACGGGGCCCCCCAGGCCCAAACGGAAUGUUAUAAAAACUUCAUAACCCCUUAAGAGUUCCUUCUGGAUCAUGAUGGAUAUAUGUUCCAAGUUUGGUCAAGAUCCAUCAAUCCAUGAAAAAGUCUUUGUGGAACAAACAGCGCCACAAACAUUCACUUUUAUAUUUAUAUAUAUAUAUAUAUAUAUAUGAUAUCUUCUUGACUGAUACAAAAAUUAAAUGAUUUCUUUUUUUAGAGUAAUGUUUUAAACAAUUUUUAAUAUAAAAAUGCUUUAAAAGUUUGAAAAUGUUAAUAACAACAUGACACUAGUUCUAUGCAGGAUAGAUGACCGUCUAUGUUAAUAGAUUGGAUGGGCAAGACCUUCCUUUAACUAUUUAAGAUUUGUUAACAAAUAUUUUUUCUACUUUUUUUUUUAGCCGUUCCUACAACGACAACACCUGAAGGUAAUUUACUUUUCAUUUUCAGUUUCUUAACAGAGAAAAUCUCAUAUGCUUUAAAAUUGCUUUUAAGACAAACUACACAUUGAUAAAGAUUACUUAGGUGUCAUGAAAUUGUCAAAACUAUGAUCAAAUUAAAAACUCUUUACACAGACUUUGAAUCCUUUCUCCAAUGUGAUUUGCCUUGGUGUAAAAAGAUAAAACAAAUUUAAAAUCAUAUGCAUUUUUAGAUUAAAAUUGAAUCUCAAAAUAAAUAACUCUUUCAUUAUCACUGUCAAUCAAAAAUCUAAAAAUGAGAAAAAAAUUGAAUGAUAUUUAAACAAUUACAAAAAUAUAUUGAAUAAGUCUAUUUUACUUCUUGAGUUAAUUUUUGAGCGACUAACAAAAUAUCUUUAAUUCAAAUUAAAAAAGCUCCAGUUCCUUGUUAAUUUUUUUUUAUGAACAUUAAUGUUUAAAAUGCUUCUAGCUAUUUUUUAUACUGUACUUUAAAUAAAACUAUACCAUAAUGCUAAAUAUUAAAUUAGAUCCAACAAAUCAUUUAUAUAUACUUCUCUCCAAAGAAUGCCAGCACACUCUCAAAACAUUUACCCAGGCAGAAAAUGGUCUCUCCACAAAGACUACCUCUGGUUUUGGAAACAAUGUAUUUUCAAAUGGAGGUUGGACUCCUGAUAGUGGGUAUGGAGAUAUCCAAAUUAGGAUUGCAAAUAGUGUUGAUGCAGUACUCGUGGAAAUUUUUUUUACAGUCAAAGGAGGAAAAGGGUCAACAGUUACACUAACACUAACACUAGAAGACGGUUAUUCUUUAGUUGAGGUGAGCAAAGAAAAAUGUUAUUGGCUUACAAUCAGUGGUUUUAUAUAAAAUUAAGUCAUCCAUAUGUAUUUGUGUUAAAUGUAAGAAUAUGUACAAAUAGAAAAGUCGGCUUAAAUAGUUAGAAAGGAUUUUUUUUUUAAAAAGGAAUGCUACAGAAUUUGCUUUUCUUUGCUUGAGUAUUGCAGUGAUUGUUGUGGGGGUUUUUUUAUGCAGCAACGCAAAAUUACAGAGGAUCCUUACCAAUACAAUGGAGUGUACAAUAGCAAGUUUAGUGUAAUCCAACUUACGACAAAUGCAACCAUUUCUGACAUGAUUUUGGAUAUUUGCUAUGGGCCUGUAGGUAAGUUAAAAACCUAUGGGACUGACUGUAUUUUAAAUGGAUAAUUAUAAAACGUGCCAACAAAUUUCUUGUAUUUCUUUCAUUUAUGUGGGGGUUUUUUUGCAAUUUUUUUAAAACACAUACAAGUUCUUUUCCUUUUUGUCUGAAUCAGUCAUCUGCAACAUUUUUGAUUGAGGAGCAAUUUAAAAAAAAAAAAAAUUAUAUGACUUUUUUUAAUAGAUUGUCAAAAAAAAAUAUUUGAGCGAAAUAUGUCAAGAUUCCUUUCAGCCUAAAUGGAUGUUUAAAAAAUCACCUUCACAUACAAUUUCAUUUCAGGGGGUUUAACACAAGUGAUAGAUGUGGGAGUUAGGCACUUAUACUUAAUUCCAAACUCUUACACCAACUGAAUUAUGACGUGUUAAAAAUGGAAAUAAGUAAAAAGAAAUAAAAAAUAUUUACUUUUUAAAUAUCCAAUACUGAUACUUUCCCAUCAAAUAAUUUUUUAUUUCGCAUCAGGGGCCCAAAAUAAUUUUAACCCUCAUUUUUUCCUACUCCUGGGCAUUAUGAGGAUUAGAUAAAGAAUAAUAAAGAGAAUCAUUUUGUAUUUAAAUUUGUUUCUCUUCCUUUUUAACUAUCUUUAUUCUUGUUAUUAAAAUUACUUUUUGUGGAAGGAAAAUGUCAUUUUACACAUGGUGUGAUAGGCUUUUUAGUAAACAUAGGCUUUUUAGUAAACAUAAUAGAUAUACUAUUGUUAGACUGAAAAAUUGGGAUAGAUAUCCAUUAAAUAAAUCUGAGAAUUAAUGGUAGAAAUACAAUAAUAAGACUUAGGAGUUUAGAUAGAAUAAUAAAAUUAAGGAUUUUGUGUAGACAUGCAAUAUUAACACUGAGGAAUUAGGGUGGCCAUACAGCAUCAGAAAAGAGAUUUAGCUUAACAUUCAAGAAUAAUAUUGUGUAUUAAGGGUAAAUAAAAAUAAUAAUGCUUUAAAUGUUGGGUAGACAUAAAAUACACCUGACAGAAGAUUGAAUGAAAAUUUCCUAAAUAUAUCCUGAAGCUUUUAAUAUCAUGCAAUGAAACCUUCCUGAUGGAAUUUAAAGCAUUUUCAAUGUUUUUCUUUAAACUAAAGUAUAAGACAUCAUAUUUUUACACUUCUAUCUAAAUAUAUUUAUAUANAUAUAAUAAAGUUCAUCAGUCAAAAUCAAGCAUGACCACCUUAAUCAUUGUAUAUGUUAAUUAUGAAUUAAUAUAAUGGAAUACUAUUUCCAUAGACACUAAUUGUGUUCAAAUUAUAAUUAAUUGAAUGAUUGAUUGAAUUCUACACUAUUUGUUUUAGAAGAAACCACAACACCAUAUGAAACUACUACCCCAGAAAGUAAUUAAUAUGUUAUUAUGCAUAAAAUUUAAGGGUUCAAUGUAAUUAUAUGUUUGAUUUUUAAUAAUUCAAGUACUUUUAAGCUAUAACUAUACUUCCUGAAGCACUUAUAAAGUACCGUAUGGGAAUAUUUUAUUGAAAGUGAAUCCAUCCAUUCAUAUGAGAUUCUUUUCUUUGCUACCCUUUGUAUUGUUUUUCUUUUAUUAUAAGCUGGAGGGGGUGGGGGAGACAGACUGCAUUCAGAUCUAGUAAUAGUAAUAGUAAAACUUAAUAGGGGUAAAUCUGAAAUUAAACAAAACAAAAAAAUUGAAUGUUGUUUAAAAGCUCCUAUUCAUUCAUUUUGUAGGCCUACUGUCUUUGUUGGUUGAGGAUGGCUUUUUGUGACAUGUUUCUUUUUUUUUAGUUACAUCUUCUUUUGGGUUUUCUUAUUUCGUGUAUGUCCUAUAACUCAUUUUUUACAGAAGUGACAUGUUCGGAAGGCUCCACUGAACUGACAGCUGCAUAUUUUGGCUUGCCUCAGAGGGUUGACAGUGUUUUUAGACCAACUUCAGAACCAAGUCACAUUGCAGUUGAUGUAAAAGUCAAGAGUAAUCAAGUGGAAGAUAUUAGGAUAACAAAUGUGUUACAAAAAGUCUAUGGAGUUUUGAAAGUUUUCAUUGAAAUCCUGUAUAAUAAUGGCAGAACUAUUUCAGAUGAGGUACAUUUCACAAUUGCUAAGUCUCAAUUUUCACAAUUAUUGAUAAACUUAUUAUUUUUAAUUAUCCCAUUUGAUUGGAAUAAUUUAUUUUUAAAGCAAAAGCUAUAAGAAAUAAAAAAUUUCUAAUUGUAUAGCCCUGAGUGAUUGAUACACAUAAAUAAUAUGAAAUGCAUAUGUCUUCCAUAAUAUAAUUAUUUCAAACAGUAGCAAUUUUAAAGCUUUUUUAGCUUAUUCUUCAUUAAUUUUUUUAAAGGUUAAUCUACAAGGCAGUAUUUUCAAGUAUGAGCCUGUAGACCAAACAGACAUUGAAAGCAUUAAAUUUCUGUUUGAUGUUGAUGAAAAGGUUAACAGCAAAGCAACAGUAGAAUAUCUUAGUACUGAAGGAUGCAUCAAAGGUAUAUGAUGAUAAACUUAAAAAGUGACAAAAUAAAUUGCAGAGACUAAAGUGACUUUGACACAAUUUAAAUCUAAGAGAUCUCCUUUAUUCAUUAUGGAAUGCAAACCACAAACAAAAACUUUAUUGAUAAUUGAGCUUGUUUAGUUUUAUAGAUAGGAAUUUUUAUAUUUUUUGAAAAAUGUAUUUUACUGACAUCUCGGUAUUAUAACUAUUUUUGACAUUUUUUAGCUAAAAUCAUUUGCAAUCUAAAGCAACGCUAUUGUUUUCAUGGGAAGGUUUAAUGUCUCAACUGACACAACUCUUUCUUUGCUGUUUCAAUUUGAAUACUUGAUACAAAAUAAAUUAUCUCUUUUUAAUACCAGUACAAUAAAUGGGAAGUUCAACAUAAGUUGUUUUUUUUUAAUCUAGUUAAAAAGUGCACACUUGGAUAUUGCAAUGGAGAAUGUUUGAACAACUACUCAGAUUUGUGCUCAUCUCCUUGUCCUCCAAGAGACUGCUGUAAGUUUUUAAUGUCUUUUUUUUCUAGAGCUAAAUAAAAGAGCUUAACUAUUAAACUAAACUUAUUUCCAACAACAUGCCAUGUAAUAAAUAAUCACAAAAGAUGUAAACAUUGAAAAACAGAGGUUAAUGUAAAACCUUAUAGAUUAAUUGCUUAAACUAAACGAGUAUUAGUAAUGUGUGUACAUAAAUGGCACAAAGCCGAAAUCAGUCCCUGCCCAUCAAUGAUGUAGGGUGUCAAUAUGUGCUGUAAACAAAUCAGUAUCUCACUUUCUAAAUCACAGAUCCCCAACCUAUUUUUAAAUUUUUGACCUAACAUUAUAGAAACAAAGGGACAAGUGACCCCACAAAAUAUUUUUAACUCUUGUAAAUAGGUGAAAAGAAAACUAAUCAAAAAUAGAUUUUUUCAUAAUGUAAUGCACUUUAAUUUUUACCUUUGAAAAAUAGUUAAUGCAAUUUUGGAAAUUUUACUGUUGACAAGCUUCAAAAUUUAAGGUUUUAUUUUCUUAAUGCCAUCCUCAUGUCAUUUUCAACACUUACUAUGUUUCUUUUGUUAGUUUUAAAUUAAUCCACUCUCAUAGAGGUAUAGAAGUAAAUGUUUUUUGUGGACAAAAUCUUAAGAAACUGAAUAACAAAAGGUUUAUUGGCAAUCAUUAAGUUUUUAAGUUUACUGUUAUUAGCCAGGGACCCCAUAGGAAACCAUUUAGAACCUCUACUCAAAGUAUUAGCUAUAAUUAAACUUAACAGAAAAGGCAAUACUAAUUCAAUAAAAUUUAGCUUUUCACAUUUAUUGCUCACUUAAAAUAAAGAUAGAUUAUAUGUUAAAAUAAAAAGACUACAGGGUGACCCCGAAAAAGAGAGAAUAUCUCAUAACAAAGGGUUCUUUAAUUGAGUUAAUGUAUUGUUUUGUCAAAUGAGAGUUGUAUGAAAAUUAUUAAAUAAUGAGAAAAAAUGUUCAGUCUGUCUCUCUCUUCUUCCCCCCCCCCCCCCCCCCCCCCCCCCCCCUACAAAGGGUUUUUUAAUUGAGUUUAUUUAUUUUUUUGUCAAAUGAGAGUUGUAUGAAAAUUAUUAAAUAAUGAGAAAAAAUGUUCAGUCUGUCUCUCCCUUCUUCCCCCCCCCCCCCGCUCCCCGACCACUCUCCAUGUAUCUCAACAGCUUAUUGUCAGCACCAGUUUUUAUGCUUCUGACAAUAAGUCGAUUUUAUCACAUUUUUUGGCAAACCUGCAGUACAUUUUGUAACAAUAUUUUGUAUUCCUUCUUUCAAAAUUCUUUACAGAUAAAACAAUUGAUUAGAAUCAACUUUAUUUCUCUUUGUCUUAUACUAACAUAGCAAAUUAAAAUUAGUUACAAUCUUUUUUAAAAAUUACAUUGUUAAAAAGUAUAGAAUAUGCAUCAUUUGCAUAUUUUUUUUCUCUUCUCAAAUCUUUAGCUAUUUUUGUUUUAUAUCAGAAAAUGCUAUCCGAAAAAAAAAAUAUAUCUUUCUGAACUAUUCUUUAAGAUGAUUAUUUAUUUAGAGAUAAAAAAAUUUCAUGAAAUUUCAUUUUUUAUUUUAAUUAAUCAAUACUUUUGCAAACUUACUUAAAAAUCCUUUAACCCUUACACAUUACAAUAUAACAAAUUUUUCUUUUGAACUACUCUUUAAAAUGAUUAUUUAUUUAAAGUUAAAAAACUUUCAUGAAAUUUCCUUUUAAAAUCUCAAAAAGGAUAAAGCACAUGAUCUUUACGACAUAUUAAGUUUUUUAAAAAUAUAUCAUCAAAAUGUAUGCAAAUUUAUUUUAAAAUCCUUAAACCUUUACAGAUUAAACUAUAACAAUUUUUCAUUUGAACUCAUCAAUAAAACUAAAAAUACCAAAGAUAUCGCAUAAACAAUAAGAAAACAUAAACAUAUAUGUCUAUCUGUUUUUAAAUAUAGCCAAAACACCUACCAUAACAACAAGCACAAUAGUAACACCUUCACCAAGUACCCCAGGAUCACAAAGCACACCAGAGUUACCAAGAAUUCCAGAAUCACCAAGCACAUUUUGGUCACAAAACACACUUGAGUCAACAAGUACUCCAGGAUCACCAAGCACAUUUGGAUCACACAACACACGUGAGUCAACAAGUACUCCAGGAUCACCAAGCACAUUUGGGUCACAAAACACACUUGAGUCAACAAGUACUCCAGGAUCACCAAGCACACGUGUGUCACAAAAUACACUUGAGUCAACAAGUGCUCCAGGAUCACCAAGCACAUUUGGGUCACAAAACACACUUGAGUCAACAAGUACUCCAGGAUCACCAAGCACAUUUGGGUCACAAAACACACUUGAGUCAACAAGUACUCCAGGAUCACCAAGCACAUUUGGGUCACAAAACACACUUGAGUCAACAAGUACUCCAGGAUCACCAAGCACAUUUGGGUCACAAAACACACUUGAGUCAACAAGUACUCCAGGAUCACCAAGCACAUUUGGGUCACAAAACACACUUGAGUCAACAAGUACUCCAGGAUCACCAAGCACAUUUGGGUCACAAAACACACUUGAGUCAACAAGUACUCCAGGAUCACCAAGCACAUUUGGGUCACAAAACACACUUGAGUCAACAAGUACUCCAGGAUCACCAAGCACAUUUGGGUCACAAAACACACUUGAGUCAACAAGUACUCCAGGAUCACCAAGCACAUUUGGGUCACAAAACACACUUGAGUCAACAAGUACUCCAGGAUCACCAAGCACAUUUGGGUCACAAAACACACUUGAGUCAACAAGUACUCCAGGAUCACCAAGCACAUUUGGGUCACAAAACACACUUGAGUCAACAAGUACUCCAGGAUCACCAAGCACAUUUGGGUCACAAAACACACUUGAGUCAACAAGUACUCCAGGAUCACCAAGCACAUUUGGGUCACAAAACACACUUGAGUCAACAAGUACUCCAGGAUCACCAAGCACAUUUGGGUCACAAAACACACUUGAGUCAACAAGUACUCC